AUGCGCCAGCGGCCCUACCAUAUAACGAAACGGGACAAGGAGGAAGGCAGCAGGGCUACGAGUGCACUGAGGCAGGUAGCGGCCUUGCAGAAGAGUGCCGCUGAACCUCGGGCUGGCGGAAUCGGUGCAAAAGCGUGCAACGAGUACACAACUACAGCUUCGUGUCGGUUCGACACUCGAUGUCGAUACUCCCACGUGCUGCGGGCCGUGGCAGCCAAGCCCGAAGCACACUCCCAGCCGAUCAUUUGGCUAGCUAUCGGACCCAUUGCAAACGGCUACGAACUUUUCACCACCGGACGAGACCGAAAACUGAUUAGAUGGGAGUUGCAGAGUGAGUCGGCAAGUGUGGCGGGCGCGGCGGAGUUGUUUCCGGUGGGUGCGGUAAGUACGACAGCGGGAGUGGCUCGGUAUACGUUAGUGCGAACGGUUGUGACUCCGUUAGCUGCUGUGGCGACGGCUUUGUUGUUGGAGACGGAUUUGUUAGUGGUGGCGUUGGGUGGCGGACGUGUGGUAGGUUUUGCGCGUGAGGGGAAUUUAGAGUUCGAGGUGGCCGGACAUCAGAGUGACGUUAAUACAAUGUUGCUCACACGCGCACCGAUCGCAAAUGUGCUGGUUACCGGAGACAUGCAGGGCGCCAUCCGCUUCUCUAACCCUACACGAGACGCCGCCGGCAAUCCUGGCUUCGCCCUUGGUCGCCAGGUUCUUUCCCCGUUUCCCGUUACUCGGGUUGUGCAAAUCCAAGACACUUGCUUCUUCAUCGUCGGUGGCGUCGGCUUCGUGGCGACAUACGAUGCACAGAACGACGCUUGGGGCGCACUCUAUAAAUGCGAAGACCAAGAGGAGGAGGAGGAAGGCGCCAUUCCCGGCCAAGGCGAAGUCGGCCAAAACCGAUACAGCGGCCCCAGUGGCGGGGGCCAAAACCGAUACAGCGGCCGGUCUGGCGGGGGCCAAAACCGAUACAGCGGCCAGUCUGGCGGCGGCCAGUCUGGCGGCGGCCGGUCUGGCGGCGGCCAGGGUCACAAUCAAGGUCGCUCCGGUGGCGGGCCGGGCCCAGGGGGUGGGGGGGGGCGAAGCCCAGCGGUAGCGAUAUGUCUAAGCGUCCUGGCUGUGGAACAGUACUACCUGGCCAUCUUCGGCGGCGGGGAGGCUCUCUGUAUCGACCGACAGGGGCAGCUGCAGGCGAGGCUACGGCUGCCGACACCGAAGCUGCUGAUUAGCGCAGUCUACCUACAAACACCUCGCGGCCCGCGACUCAUCACGGGUCAUUCAGAUGGAAAGGUUAUUGCCAUGGACCUCGCCGCUAUGACUGCCGACUGGCACCUCGAGGCCCACGAUGGAGACGUUCGCGGCAUGGCUACCGCCACUGACCAAGCUACCGGCCAAGCCUUCUUCGUCACCGUCUCUGCAGACCGCGGUAUCGGCGUCUGGACACCAACAGACGGAACCGACAACAAACCCCCACGAACAACAAAUAAACCAACCAGACGAGGUGGCUAG